UGGCAAGCCCGAGCCGACGCUUUCUUUGAUUUGUCCUCAUCCAUCGCUCUCAAACUGGUUUAUCUAUCCUCUCCACACUAUGGCCAACAAAGAGGAGAAAGCUGACGAGAAGCAGUCGAGUUGGAAAGAUUUUAUCUACAACCCGCGGACAGGGGAAUUCAUCGGGCGCACGGCGAGCAGUUGGGCUCUUAUAUUCCUCUUUUAUUUGGUCUUCUAUGGCUUUCUGGCGGGAAUGUUCACGCUUACCAUGUGGGUGAUGCUACAGACACUGGAUGACCAUACUCCCAAAUACAGGGACCGAGUGGCCAAUCCAGGGCUGAUGAUCAGGCCAAGGUCCUUGGAUAUUGCAUUUAACCGAUCUAUUCCUCAGCAAUACAGCAAGUAUGUGCAGCAUCUGGAGGCCUUCCUGCAGAGCUACAAUGACAGUCUGCAGGAAGCAAAUGAGCCCUGUCAGGAGGGGAUGUACUUUGAGCAAGACGAUGUUGAGGAAAAGAAGGUUUGCCAGUUCAAGAGAAGUCAGUUACGACAGUGCUCUGGACUGAGUGAUACCACUUUUGGUUAUUCGGAGGGCAACCCUUGCAUCAUAGUCAAGAUGAAUCGAGUUAUCGGGCUUAAGCCGCGAGGAGACCCACAUAUUGCCUGCACAGUAAAGGGAGAUGGUACCCUGCAGAUGCAGCUUUACCCUGACGAGGGCAAAAUCGACAAGAGCUUCUUUCCCUAUUAUGGCAAGAUCUUGCAUAAAAACUACGUCCAGCCACUUGUAGCCGUGAAGCUGAUGCUGGGAGAGAAUGAUUAUAACAUCGAGCACACGGUAGAGUGUAAGGUGGAGGGUUCGGAUCUGCUCAACAACGAUGAGCGCGACAAGUUCCUGGGCCGCGUCACCUUCCGGAUCAAUGUGCAGAAAUAACCUAAUCAUUGCAGGAGACGCACGAUGUCAGUUCCUCUCACUCAAACCCGUCCCUUUUCAUGUCCAUCACGUCCAUUUUGCCUCAUCCCCCAUGUGCCGUCCACUGAGAUUUAACCAGGCCCCUUUGGCUCAUCCAGUUUACACUCGUCCUGGAUGAGUGUGUGUGUGUAUGAGUGUGAGUGUGUAGUUUAGCGAAUACAGACGUUUGCUGGCCCUGUGAUUUACAAGUGGGUCAGGGUUGGAAACCUGUGCUCGUGAAGGUUUAUGAAGGUUUUAGGACUCAUGUCUCAUCAUGAUUCAUUCAUAGCAGCCGUUUCUCUGAACAACACCCCAAUGGAAAUUUAAAUACAAAGCCACAUUGAUUCACCACCGCCAUAAGAGAGAACCUAGAGUCAUCGUGUAGUAAGAAUAGGGACCUGUAAAUAGAUGCAUCAACACAUCAUGUGGAUGUGCUCUGCUCUGCUCCCCCAUAGUACUGUUUAGCCUGCCAUGUGUGUGUGCGUGUGAUGUGAAGCCUCUAUGUACAUAUUUAAUGGAUUUUAAACACUCUUUUUCUCUGUCAUUGCUCUCACUUUCGUCUGACUGCUGUAAGAAAUCAAGAGUAUGAAAUUAUAUAAUAGCUGUAAUUUAAGAUUAUUGAGAAAUGGGAAAAAAUAAAGGGGGGGGGGAAGGGGAAAAACACCAAAAAACGAAAAAAACAAACAAAACAACAACGAUCAAACUUAGUUUGAAACCCGUCCACCAUCUGAGGGAAGUGAUUUUUUUUAAACCUCUGCAGAAACUGUUCUUUGUGCAGAUGCCUUACGAUCUGUAUGAGUUUAAAAAUCUUGAAAUAAAAGUGAUUUUAAACA